CCUUGCAUAAGAGGAUCCCAUGAAGGAAAGACGUGAGAGCCUCAAGGAAGUCUCUGCCGGUCCAGAUCCCCCCCUGCCCAGGAUGCUGCUGCUGGUGUCUUACCUCUGGCUUGCCCAGCUUUCCCUCUGCUUGGCAGAUGUGCAUCAGCUGGAGGCAGCCAGAAUAAUGAACAUCACUCCUGUGGUAGAUGGUCACAACGAUCUACCCUGGCAGUUGCUGAAAAAAUUCAACAACCAGCUAUCUUUGAAGUCAGCCAAUUUGCAUGAGCUGCAAGGCACCCAUACCAAUAUUCGCAAGCUGCAUCUUGGGCGUGUGGGAGCUCAGUUCUGGGCAGCCUAUGUUCCCUGCGAUACCCAAAACAAAGAUGCAGUAAAGCGAACCCUGGAGCAGAUCGAUGUCAUCCACCGGAUGUGCCACCAAUAUCCAGACGACUUUGAAUGUGUCACUGAUAGUGCAAGUAUCCGGAGGACUUUUGGCACUCGCCGUGUGGCCAGCCUGAUUGGCGUGGAGGGGGGACACUCCAUGGACAGCAGCUUGGCCGUCCUGCGCACCUUCUAUCUGCUGGGCGUGCGCUACAUGACCCUCACCCACAGUUGCAACACUCCCUGGGCCGAUAACUGGCUGGUAGAUACAGCUGAAGAGCAGCCAGUUCACAACGGUUUGACGGAAUUUGGGAAGCGUGUGGUCCACGAGAUGAACCGCUUAGGCAUGAUGGUUGACUUGUCCCACGUCUCUGUGGAAACGAUGAAGGCUGCCUUAAAUGUCUCCAGGGCCCCGGUGAUAUUCAGCCACUCCUCGGCCUAUGCAAUUUGCUCAAGCAGACGGAAUGUACCAGAUGACGUGCUCCGCCGAGUGAGUGAGACGCAUAGCCUUGUAAUGGUCAACUUCUACAACGACUAUGUCUCUUGCAGCAGCAAGGCCACUCUGGCCCAGGUGGCAGACCACAUGGACUACAUAAAGCGCGUUGCUGGAGCAAAGGCUGUCGGCAUCGGAGGAGACUACGAUGGGGUAACCAGGGUCCCCCUUGGCUUAGAGGAUGUCUCCAAAUACCCAGACUUAAUUGCAGAGCUGCUGAGGAGGAAAUGGACAGAGGAGGAAGUGAAGGCUGCCCUGGCCAACAAUCUCUUGCGGGUCCUUCAGCGGGUGGAGCAGGUGCGGGAUGAGAUGGCUUUCAGGGGGGUUGCUCCCGAUGACACACCCAUUGCCCUCCAGGAACUGGAAGGAGGGUGCCGAACGCCCUACGGGUACCCCAGCCAAGGACACCGUCCAGGCAUUCUGCCUGCUGCGCUCCUGCUGCUGCUGUCCUCCACACUGACCUAAGAGAAGCCCCAGGACCUCUUUCCUUGACAACCAUGAGGAUCCUGCUGGGUUGGGGAAGGAAAGGCACACCUGCAUCCCACUCCUAUCACACCCCAAAUUUUGUUGAGGCACUUUUGCCCAAUUCUUUGCACAUCUAACUCUUAUUGCCUCCAUUAACUUACUGCCAGUUUCUUGAGGCCAAAAUACCACCAGGGCCUCAGCCACAGCUCCUCCUUCCCCAACGGGAACAUCAGAGCCAAGCAGCUAAAAAUCCUGCUUUGAACCCUUCAAGAUACCUGGCUUGCCCUGCAGAUAACAGGAGCGUGGGGGAGCCUGCAGGGAGACUCCUUGCAUCACUCGGGUAUUUCUUGGGUUUGCCUGGUCCUGUAUCAAGGAUUGUAGACAGUAAGGGAUAAUUAAAUUUGAAUAAAUAAAUAAAUAAAAAUACAGGUAGUCCUCACUUACCAACUGCCUCAUUCAGUGACCAUUUGAAGUUACGACUGCUGAAAAAAUCACUUUACCACCAAUGCCCACAUUUACAACCUUUGCAGUGUCCCUCAGUCCUGUGAUCGCCGUCAGUCAGUUAUGUGUUGUCCUGUGCCUGACCUGUUUUUUUUUUCUCCCCUUGCAGAGCAGAGAGAUUGGAGAGGAAGGGACGACAAGAGAGUAAGAAGGUACACAAUGGGAAAUACACAUCAGAAGCAAUGCGGUGGCACCAGCAGCCCCGAGUGCACUAUGCAAACAGCCCAGCGUAUUCCCCGUUCUGUGCCUGCUUCUUCUCUUGUCAUCCCUUCCUCUCCAAUGAAUGUAAAUACCAACACCAGUUCCCUUCUUGUUAAUUAUCCCUGCCCUGGGGUGGAGUGGUUAGGAGGCAAACAAAACCAAAGGUGGGAAACUGAUUAAUCUUGUCAGUUUGGGGCGGGCUAUCCCAGCGCUGCGGGGUGAGCAUUCCAAAGGGCAGGGGAGUGGGAAAAGAAAGGUACAGUCAGGGUCCGUGAUUUCCUACUUAACUGCUUCGCUUACCAACGGAGUUGCUGGUGCCAGUUGUCAGUAAACGAGGACUACUGGUAUAAUUACAACUACUACCUUGAACGAAAUAAGCAGGGAGUGGUACCUAGGCAAGGAGGACUGAAACGGCUUUUAAGCCCUGAGAAAGGAGGGCCUUCCUGAUUCACUGGGGUAUGAGAAGGAGAGGAAGUGCAGAACUUGCCAGAUUCUGUGAUUAUAGCUAAUGCCAAUAAAAAGCAAUUUAUCCUUUUUA